UGGCCAAAUCUCCAUGAAUGCUUUGCUAAUUUCUGGGUCUUUACUCCUAGAACCUACAUACGGGGCUGGAAUUUAGCCCAAAUGCAGCUGAAAAAAAUGACAUUUUAAGUCGUUUUUAAAAUACCUUAAAAAAAUUUCUUGUAAAACAGGAUUUGAUAGGCUUAAAAAUAUGACAGGUAAGAACUUUCUUUCUAGUCCGUAACGCCCGUCGCUGGGAAGGCCUAAGCGGGGCAGGACCUGGAGGAAGGAGAGCCCGGGGACCCGUGCGCCCUGCGGGGCUCGCAGGCCAUCGGUCCGGCCGCUGCUUUCGGGGGAGGCGCAGCCCUCGCUCCCGGACCUCGGGCCGGCGGCUGAGGAAGCUUCUGGGGCGCGCGCGGGAGGCGGUGCUGCGCUCAACCUGCCCUGCCCCGAACGCAGCCCGGGGGCGAGGCGUCGAGGGACCACCCCAAGUCAAUACUGGGAUUUUUUAAUAAACCAAGGAAUGGGAUUUUAAUUAUUCACAACCCAGCUCCUCUGGGCCGGAUGCUGUCGGGAUGGUUCUGGUCACACAAUAUUAAAGAGACCGAUCACUAAGAGGACGAGAGCGUCCGAGACAUCGGUUGCAAUUACGAAUGAACCAGACUUGGUAACACAGGGCAUUGAUUGCGGGUGCCCAACCGGACCCUCCUCCCCUCUCCCCGUUCCUCCCCCCACCCGGGGCAGGCUCCCGCCGCGGCCGGGACCUCGCGUCCCUGCAUCGUGGCCGGGGCUGCAUUUUUCAUGAGCCCGGGGUGAACAGGUGCGAAGUGCGCUGGGAGCAUCCGGCCGGCGACCCGGCGCGGGGAACAUGGAGAGCGAGCGCGACAUGUACCGCCAGUUCCAGGACUGGUGCCUUAGGACUUACGGGGACUCAGGCAAGACCAAGACGGUGACCCGUAAAAAAUACGAGCGGAUCGUCCAGCUCCUCAAUGGCUCCGAGUCGAGCUCCACGGACAACGCCAAAUUUAAAUUCUGGGUCAAAUCGAAGGGCUUCCAGCUGGGCCAGCCCGACGAGGUCCGCGGGGGAGGCGGCGGCGCCAAGCAAGUGCUCUACGUGCCUGUCAAGACCACGGUGAGUGAGUCGCCUUCCUCUGUUAUUUGUCUGCCCGAGCAGCCCGGCGGGGAGGGACGAGAGAGGGGGGCGAGCGGGGGCCCCGUGCGCCGCCGCUGGUUCGUGUGCCCCCACCCUCCUCAGCCCCCUCCCCAGCCGUCCCCAUUGGCAUUAGCCAGGCGCGUUUUCCCCACCGUGGAGUCUUUGUGGUCCUUUAUUUUAAAGCGGCAGUGCAUCUCCAGAGCCGGCCGCCCUCCCUGCCUCCCGGCUCCGGGACCGGCUGGGAUGCUGGAGCUUCCUUCCCCGGCUCGGGCGGCGUCCGGCGUGGCGUCUUCGGGCUGGGCCAUUGUCCCAUGUCCUUCGUCGAGCGCCUGGCGCAUGUCCCACCACUGCCACCGCGCAUAA